GCGACCCCUGUGAUGAAGAAGAAGCUGGAAUAGUGAGUGAGUCAAAAUAGUUCAUUAAAAAUAAAAAUCAAACAAUCAAACAAAAUCUCUUCUGGUCAUUCUACUAAUCUCCCGUUUUUUUUUUUUUUUUUGUUUUCCCAGGUUUUAAAUAUUUCCUCUUUACUUGUCAGCACAUACAGUACAUGCCAAUCAAAGUCUAAUUCUCUUGACUAAUGUUUGAUGUUUUACUGCAGUGCAGUGAUCAACAUUUACAGAGGCUGGGUUUGAAUGCAAACAGCUGCCCAUUCAGUACAUGGUCUGAUGAACGGGGCUCCCAGUACAUACUGGGGUAUGGUUUUCUGCAUGACCUUUUUAACCUACCAAGUAAUGGGUGGCAUUAAUGUAUAGACGAGGUCAUUAGUGAGUAUUCAGUUCUGCUGAACAUGUAAGCGUAUCUACCUGCAGAGAAUAUUAACUUGAGCAUAGGCAAAGGUGGACCAGCACAAAUUCCACACACAUACAUGUACAUACAGUAUAUGCAUGUGCUCACAUUCUGUCUCUCAGUACGCUGUCCUCUCACCUUUUCACUUAAUCUGCCACUUCCAUUUUUAAUCACCUUGUUUUUCAGAACACUACAUUUCAGCAUUUAGAGCAGGACAGAUUUACAUCCCUGCACUGUUUCAGUUUCCAGAGUAAUUGGCUUGAAUUGUGAGGGAAGGAAGGAGAGCGGUCUUCCAUGAAAGUCCCCUUUCCCUGGAAAUAAUGACAUUGGCAACAGAGGACAGAUUUAACAAGAUGGCUGAAUGUUUCUCCUGUACUCAGUGGACAUCACAGGCAGAUACUGUACACACAUCCUGUAAUGACCCUGGGAAUAAUUGUUCCAAUUUCAUUGUACCUGCAGUAUGUUUGUUGCCUAGGUCCUAAUUUUAGUUUUGCAUGACAUUUAUGUGUAAAUGUAUGCUGACCUGCUGAUAUCUGAUUACCCUAAAUCUCAUUUGAACUAUUGCCUCAUAAAACUGGCUCAGUGUUGUUAUAUGAUUAGGCCACCUGGCUCUCUGCCCACUCCCACUCAUGGAGGAUUUCAGGGGAGGUGCUUUGGGUGGAUCCCUCAUGUUUAAUGGAUCAUCCUGUUCCCUAUAUCCCGCCGCCGCUUGUUCCUGCGGGGAACACGGUUGUCCUGAUCGAAUCGCUUUGCGCAUCCCGUGUGUCAAGUUCACCACAGCCGCGGAGCUUCGCGGAAGUUUGCGCGAUACUGUGAGGAAACCAUCCCGCCCGUCCGUCCGUCCGUCCGGACCGUCCUGUACAGAACGUUUCGCACUGCCGCAGCAACACUAGCACCUUGCUGAAAUGGGCGUGUGCGGAGACAGAGGGGAGCACUUGGAAAUCAAACUACACUGACAGAGUUGCUCCUCGUAGCCUCCUUCAGGAACACGCGCCGCUUCCAAAGCGCUCCACAGAGGUUCACCCCCUGCUGCGUAAAUGGAUUAUUUUUUGGGCAUGUCCAGUGUGUUUGUGCCGGGCAGAGAGGAUAAAGUUGACGGAGUCAAACUCAUUACGUGAGCUCCAACAAAAGGCAAACUGAACGUGAAGCACAGUGACUAAAAAAAGUUACCUCGGUUACUUGUAGGUUUACAAAUUAGCCUUUGGGGUUUAUUUAAAAACACCGCCGUAGUGUCGUUAACCGCCCGCUCCUAACGCACCCCGCGGCUCAUUGUAUUUAAAUGACUAUACAUCUCUUUAAAACAAUUUAAACCCAAACGGGCAAGGAAGGAUGGACCCUGCCUGCGGAAAAGCUGGGACGGCGUCUUUGGUCGCCGGCGGCGGAACCGGCGUGAGUGCGAAAGCGCCCAAACAUCUGUGGAGGCAGCAGAACCAGGCAGCGCUCUCUCCGCUCCACCACCACGCGCUGGUAGCGCGCAAGAACGACCGCGUGAGACAAAGAGGCUUUUCGGACACCGAGCGAUACCUCAAUCCGAGGAACAUGGACCGGACUUACGCAGUGGAUACGGGGCACCGACCCGGCCUGAAGAAAUCCAGGAUGUCGUGGCCGUCGUCGUUUCAAGGUCUUCGACGUUUCGAUGUGGACAAUGGUACGUCAUCAGGUCGCAGCCCCCUGGACCCAAUGGCCAGCCCGGGCUCAGGCCUCAUCCUGCAGGCCAAUUUUGUCCACAGCCAACGGAGAGAGUCGUUCCUCUACCGCUCUGACAGCGACUACGACCUCUCACCCAAGUCAAUGUCCCGAAACUCCUCCAUUGCCAGUGAUAUCCAUGGUGACGAUAUGAUUGUAACGCCGUUUGCACAGGUUCUUGCCAGCUUGAGAACUGUACGAAACAACUUUGGUGCAUUAACUAAUAUACAGCAAGACAGAGCGUCUAAUAAGAGAUCACCUAUGUGUAACCCACCGCCUAUCACCAAAACCACCUUUACCGAGGAGGCCUACCAGAAACUGGCCACAGAGACCCUGGAGGAGUUGGACUGGUGCCUGGACCAGCUGGAGACUCUGCAGACCAGACACUCGGUCAGCGAGAUGGCCUCCAACAAGUUCAAGAGGAUGUUGAAUAGGGAGCUGACUCACCUAUCAGAGAUGAGCCGCUCUGGGAACCAGGUGUCUGAGUUCAUCUCCAGCACCUUCCUGGAUAAACAACAUGAAGUGGAGAUGCCGUCUCCUCAAACACAGAAGGACAAGGAGAAGAAGAACAAGCCCAUGUCCCAGAUCAGCGGGGUGAAGAAGCUGCAGCACUCCUCCAGCCUCACAAACUCCAAUAUCCCUCGCUUUGGAGUUAAGACGGAGACAGAGGAUGAGCUUGCAAAGGAGCUGGAACAUGUGAAUAAAUGGGGCCUUAAUGUUUUUAAAAUCUCAGAAUUCUCUGGGAAUCGGCCACUGACAGUCAUGAUGCACACAAUUUUCCAGGAGAGAGACUUGUUAAAAACAUUUAAAAUUCCACUUGACACCUUUAUAACAUACCUGAUGACCUUAGAAGACCACUAUCAUGGCGAUGUGGCCUAUCAUAACAACAUCCAUGCUGCUGAUGUCACCCAGUCCACUCACGUGCUGCUAUCCACCCCCGCCCUUGAGGCCGUGUUCACAGACCUCGAGAUCCUAGCUGCCAUCUUUGCCAGUGCAAUUCAUGACGUGGACCAUCCUGGAGUCUCCAACCAGUUCCUGAUUAACACCAAUUCAGAGCUGGCGCUGAUGUACAAUGAUUCGUCUGUGUUGGAGAACCAUCAUCUAGCCGUUGGUUUCAAGCUCCUACAAGAAGAGAACUGUGACAUCUUCCAAAACCUGACCAAAAAACAAAGACAAUCACUGCGAAAGAUGGUCAUUGACAUCGUGCUAGCAACAGACAUGUCAAAGCACAUGAAUCUACUGGCUGAUCUGAAAACUAUGGUGGAAACCAAGAAGGUGACGAGCUCCGGCGUGCUGCUGCUGGACAACUACUCUGACAGGAUACAGGUUCUCCAAAACAUGGUGCACUGUGCAGACCUGAGUAACCCCACCAAGCCUCUCCAGCUGUACCGGCAGUGGACGGAUCGCAUCAUGGAGGAGUUCUUCAGCCAAGGGGACCGAGAGAGGGAGAGGGGCAUGGAGAUCAGCCCCAUGUGUGACAAACACAAUGCCUCAGUGGAGAAGAACCAGGUCGGCUUCAUCGAUUACAUAGUUCACCCCUUGUGGGAGACGUGGGCUGACCUGGUGCAUCCGGAUGCCCAGGACAUCCUGGACACGCUGGAAGACAACAGGGAGUGGUACCAAAGCACCAUCCCCCAGAGUCCCUCUCCUGCGCUGGAUGAGUCCGAGGACGGCACCCGACCCCCCGGAGGGGACAAGUUCCAAUUCGAGCUCACCCUGGAGGAGGAUGGAGAGUCCGACACUGAGAAAGACAGCGGCAGUCAGCCGGAAGAGGAGGAGGAGGACGAGGAGGAGGAGGAAGAGGAGGAAAACAGCUGUACUGACUCUAAAACACUUUGCACGCAGGACUCUGAAUCAACAGAGAUUCCUUUGGACGAGCAGGUGGGGGAGGUGGAGGAGGAGGAUGAGGUAGCAGAGGAGGGGGAGACCCCCUGCUCACAACCAUGCGCGGUGGAGGACAAGGCAGUAGAGGAGGAGGAGGAAGAGGAGAAAUCCUCAGAAACAUAGCAGUUUAUGAACAGCACCUGAUGAACUGUUCCUCUUAGUAAUGACAGAUGUUUAUCAAUAGAUUAUUUUUGGGUUUUGUGAAGUCUGUCUUGGUUUUUUAUACAUCUGUGUUCAUGGUUCCAAUGCGUGCGCUGCUCUUCACAGUGGCCGAUCCUCCUGUCAGCUUUGUUCAGACACACCCACGGGUACUUCAAGUUUUUUUGCACUCAGGAAAACUCUUUUCCAUUCCCAUUUGUACUGAAGUGCUGUGUCCUUAUUUCACUUCUAAGCCUCCGCUUUCUAACUUUAAGUUUAGGACGUGGACGAGCCCCGCGCUCUUCGUCCAACACAUGAACGUUUUUGCCGUGUUUCUGUGUUUUAUCAAGUGCCCAUACUGUACAGAGGCGGUCGUCGGCGCGUUCGAGGAGAAUCUCCCUCUCGGUUAGCUCGUUUCUUUCCCCGCUACUAAUUAAAAGGCGCGAUAUGCUGCCGUUCUGCUGAAAACCUGACGGGACACCACAGACAUGAAAGCCGCAGCACGCUGGGGAGCUUUUCGAGACACACUUCUGAUGUGCAAGUCUUCCUUGGAACCCUGACUGACACAAAGCUCAAAUCUCAACAGCCAUGAUGCUGUCCCAGACCUCUUUCAUUUUUGUAUUGUACUGUAUGUAAGAUUCAGAUAUUUUCUAGAAUUUACUUUUGCAAACCUAGGUUUUCUUUUGACGAGAGAGAACCUUUGGAAACCGAUGGGCAGCGAUGAGUCACAGACGUUCAGUGUUUUGAAGGCUAUCCUUGAUUGCAUUAGGGUCGUUCUGAGGUGUUUGCACUUGCUCCAAUAGCAUUUAGACUACUGCUCCUGCGCCACUGUACUCGUCUUCAGUUUGUCACGUGAGUUGAGACCUUCAUUUUUGUGACCGCCUGAAUUCUUUACACUCAUUGAACUUGUUUGUGAUGUGUAAGAAGCCUUUAAAACGUAUUAUUGUUGCCUGCAGUUCUUUUGAACACAUCCCAAGACAAUGCAAUGCUUUGUAGUUGAUACCAGAAGCACCUUUUGUAGAUGCUCGAUUAGUAAGUAUGCAGGCAUUGUACCGGUGUUUUAAAGUGACUGGUGUGAUUCUCAGCCAGUAUUAUGAAAGUCUUACUGUGCCCAUUUUUUCUUUUCUGUCAUCUUGAGGUACACAACACCUACCGCUGCAUACCUGCUGAUCCUCAGCCACUGUUUUCUCUUCCUUUCACAUCAGCAUGACUUUUUAUUUUGCCACUGCGACAUUUAACGCAGUUCCUGUCUUUGUUUUUGAAAAGACAAUCAGCUCCAUUGCGUAGUUAUCAUAGAAACCUCUCCUCUAUGUAGAUACUAUAAUGCACUGAUUCAUUCACGUAUCACCACAUUCAUAUUUGUUCACUCUAAUAUACUUAGGCUUUGAACGGUUCUAUAUCACAGCUCGGCCAAGAAUCUUUCCUUUUUCCACGUCUGUCAUUUAUCAUUUACUCUUGAUGUUUUUAUUUAUUGGUAUAUUUUUAUAUUUGUAUUUUAAGUCGGUUUUGCAAUAUGGUGGUACAGUAAAUAGUUCACUGUAGCAUAGACCACAGUACAGGCUUGCAAGUUAUGCUACCCAAAUACAGUACCCUUUUUUUCUGUGUACAUAAAAUCUAGAGAAUCUACAAAAAACAAACAACACAAAAAACUUUGAAUACUGCACACUGCUUUUAUAAAGAGUGCUUGUUUUAACGAUGUGUCAUUUCAAAACCUUUUAUUUAAUCUUUUAUUUUUUGCCAAGAGGUUGUUUUUUUCAUCCUCACCCGAUGCCCUUACCUGUAAUAACAUUUUCUGGUUUUAUCGCUGUUUACAAACAUAUUUAUUGUGCUGUAUAUAAUAUAUAAUUAUUAAUGUUAUUACUAUCAUAAUGCAGUUUGUUGUAAAUUGUUGAUUCUUAAUCAUCCCUUUUGGUGAUGGCGUGGCUGUAUUAUGUACCUCUUGUUGAGAGAAUGUUUUAUUACACAUGAGCUUCUGUGUAAAGACGAUCCAUCGACGUGUUGCUUAGCUGAGGACUGUCUCAGUCGAGAGAGGGGCAAAGCCAAAUUGUUUUUUUAAAAAGAAACUGUUCCUUGGCCCAUGGGCUGUGCCUUAAAUUCAACUCAUGUCAUUUCCUUUAGCCUUCGAUUCCGUUCUUUUCUAGAUCUCUUUUGCUGCAUUAGUGAAUCUCUUGGCUUGGGUUUGGCCUGGUCUCCUUUUGUGAAUCUGAAAAAAGUUGCCUUUUUACUCUCGCAGCCAAACUCGAUUUGCAUCAAAAAAAAAACAACCUGUCGCUGGGUACAAAAUGUGUCGUCAGUGUAGAGCUUUGUAGAGAUUUAGGUCGCCCACAAGUCAAAGAUUUGCUUCCUGAGUGAUGUGUGGCCUACAGCUGGAUGUCCAAGAGUCCCAUUCUCUGCAGACGCGGUCUGAACAGCCCUCCCUCCCGUUGCGUCCCGCCUCAAAGCUGGGGCUCAACCUGUUACCUGCGUCCGUCUGGUUGUGCCGCAGCUCCAAACACUGAAUGGGACGCAACAGGAGCGAGACGUUGGGGCUCGACCGCGACCUGCAAAGCACAGAGGCUUAGAGACACAUCUGCAUGUUCAGCCACUGCUGCAUUAAUUACGGCUGGAACACUGACAGUGUGUUAAUGACCUAUGCUCGGCCCACAUUUCCACUCGCAUUACUUGCAAUAGCCAAAACCACUGACAUCUUUCUGCCUGCACAGGAGAGAGUUUAUUUAUAUACCUGUCGUGAGAGGGGGUUGGGGAUCGGGAUGAGUGCAUCACUGUCCCAAAACAGGGGCUCUUACUUUGACACGCAUACUGUAGAUUCUUAACAGCCCUGGACCAAUGGAAACAGUGGGUUCUUUUAUCAUUAUGUGUUCUAUUUUUUUAUGGUAUGGAAGAAAAACACAAACUGUAACUUAAAAAAGGUCUUCAGGACAAUUAUUUUUGGGUUAUGUCUUUAGAAUGCCAACCUGUCUGAAAGUUUCACAGGACAAUUAAAAUAUAAUUUUAAUGGAUUCCUUGUUAAUUGCAGUCUAUUGGAUAGCACUGUAGAUCAUUCAACUUUAUGUAGAAAAACUAAUAAAAAGAAUGGAAAAAAAGUUUUUAUAUGCAAUGAAUUAAAUAAAAGCAUGGGUUGAUUCUG